AUGGCGGAGAGACCGAAGCUCAACAGGCUAGACGCAAGCCUACGAACAACAACGUUAACCAGCGAUCCACGGCCUUUACCAUCACCGGAUUCCCCUGAACUACGACUUCUGGAAUACCACACUGAUCACAUGAUCACUGUAUCCUGGAACUUCCGCACAGGCUGGUCUGCCCCUUCCCUCCAACCCCACGGCCCCAUCCCCAUCGCGCCUUCCGCAUCCGCCCUACAAUUCGCCACAGAAUGUUUCGAGGGUUUGAAACUCUUCCGCGGCCCAGAUGGAAAUCUCCGACUCUUCCGCGCCAUCGACAAUUGCGAGCGAAUGCGUCGUUCCGCCGCUCGCGUAGCUCUACCAGACUUCGAAGCAGCAGAGCUACAGAAGCUUAUCGUCGCUCUGUGUGCGUUGGAAGCACCGAAAUGGCUGCCGAAGGAGAAAGGCGAAGGCGUGUUAUACGUCCGGCCGACUUUAUUGGGUACUGAUGCCGCUCUCGCCACGCCGCGACCUCGCUCGGCGAUCCUUGUUGUUUUCUUGACGGCUUUUCCCAAUCUGUCUGCUCCUCCUCCAAGUCCCAUCGGGAAACUUUCAGCGGAAGGACAGAAUGCGAUUUUGCCGGGGAGAAGAUCCAUGAAACUCCUUGCGUCCGAUAACCAGCAAGUCCGCGCCUGGCCAGGAGGGUUCGGAAACUUCAAAGUCGGUGCGAAUUAUGGCCCAGCAUUGAUGAUGCAAGAACAGGCGAAGACGCAGGGCUUCGACCAGGUUCUGUGGCUUUUUGGAGCUGAGAGAUAUAUCACCGAGGCCGGUUCGAGCAAUUUCUUCGUUGUACUGCGGAAGGAUGAUGGGGAGACGUGGGAGCUUGUCACGGCGCCGCUGGAGCAGGAAGUCAUCCUACCCGGUAUCAUGCGAGCGAGUAUCUUGCAGCUGGCUACCGAGAGACUGCAGCAAGCUGUCGCUGACGUCGUUCGUAUUGAAGUAGUGGAGAGGCCACUCACAGUGUUGGAGCUGAUCGGGGCUCAUGCUCAGGGCAAGAUCGUCGAGGCUUUCGUCUCUGGAACCGCGCUUUUCAUUACGCCAGUGGGCGUAAUUCGAUCCGAAGGGAGAGAUCUCGACAUCAACUGUGAGCCUGUAGAUGGACUUCUGUGCUCGCAGAUCCUCCGCAACUGGCUCUUGAGCAUCAUGAAUGGUAAAGAACAACAUGAAUGGGCGCAGGUAGUACGUGAAGCUUGA